CUUGAUGCUCCUCCUGCUUCUUCCUCACUUUCCUCCCAGUGUGUUCUGCACAUCAAUGAAGUCUGAUGCCUCUCCUGUACCAACCUCACAUGACUGUAGUGUCUGGACCUCUCAUACUGUGUGAUGACUGCACCUGAAACCUAACACAGUGUGAAAGGGAGGAAGGACUUUCACAGAAACAGCGGACAAAUGAAGUGCAUGAGUGUCUUUGAAUUGAGACAAACCAAAGUGGAAAGAACACAACGUCUUUUACAGUUUUCCAUGACUGUGGAAUCUCCCUCUCAUCAUGAAUGCAUCUGCUGGAGCUUGUACGGCAGCGAUGCCGUAUGGAUACCAACCCCAGUUUAAAGGGAUUUACAUCGCCACCGAGCUCCUCGUGGCCGUGAUGGCCAUCAUAGGAAACCUCCUGGUUUGUCUGGCUGUGACCCACAAUAAGAAACUUCGCACAGUCACCAACUACUUCCUGGUAUCGCUGGCAGUGGCAGACAUCCUGGUGGGAUUGGUGGCCAUCCCCUGUGCAGUGCUGACAAACCUGGGUGAACCUCGCCAUAACCUGCCUCUCUGCCUGGUUCUACUCAGCUUCCUAUUGGUGCUCACACAGAGCUCCAUCCUGAGCAUGUUAGCAGUAGCAGCGGAGCGGUACAUGGCCAUCCUUCUGCCCUUCCAGUACCAACGUGUCAUGAGCCCCAGGAACGCCCGGCUGGCCCUGCUGGUCACCUGGGGACUGGCAGCGAUCACCGGCUCGGUGCCAUUUAUGGACCCACAAAGGCAACCACCAGACUCAGAUUACUGUAUCUUCACCUGUGUGGUGGACAUGAACUACUUGGUCUACUUCAACUUCUUCUGCUGCUUCCUGAUGCCGCUGGUGGCCAUGUUCAUGAUCUACAGCCACAUCUUCAUCACCGUCCGCCACCAAAUCAGACGCAUUGCUGUGGUCAGGGGAACCGCGGAGGACAUAACUGUUGGCAGUGGGUGCACUGGUGCAGAGGAUACUGGGAGUUCAGCUGCUGGGGGAACCACAGGAGGCAGAGCGGAUGUUGAGACAAGAACAUGUAAGGCUAGAGCGAAGGCUCGGGAGGAGACAGAGCCUGGUAUCGGGUCUCUUAUUAAAACUGAGACCACCACUGUGACCACCACUGUCAGGAUCACCAUAGCUGGUUCCAGCAGCAGCUGCGCCCCUGCUGAUCCCCGUCCAGGAGAGUCCACAAAGUCCAAAUCUAACACCCGCAUCUGUCAGGAGCUGCGUAAAGCCACCUCCCUCUUCCUGGUCCUGUUUCUCUUCAUGGUGUGCUGGAUGCCGAUCCACGUCAUUAACUGCAUCCUGCUGCUCGCCCCGCAGAACGAGGUGCCCAUGUCGCUUACACUAGCGGCCAUUUUGCUCUCCCACGUCAACUCGGCCCUCAACCCGAUUCUGUACGCGUACAGGAUGAGGUCAUUCAGACACACUCUGACGGGAAUGUGGAGAGGGAUGUGGAGCAUGUGGCCAAGACGCCAGUAGAGGAGGUCGAACGUCAAUGUGAUAAGAGACAUCCUCCCUCAAGUCCUACAAAGUUGGUGGUGUUUCCAAAAACUGAACUCAAACAUUUUUUCACACUUGAAACGUAUUGCACAUUUUAUAAAGAUACAGAUGUGGUUAAUGUGAACAUCAGGAGCUGUUGGAUCAGAUACACUAUGUAUCACCGGGGAGUUUAGCUUGCUUAUAACCCCGUUACACACAUUUGAACAUCAAAGCUGCUCUUAUAUCCGACUCCAUCACCUGUUGGCUUCAGCUCCACAUUUUACCCUCUUUCAGCUCAUUGUUUUGGUUUCAUGCCCCACAACUCGACUGUUCUGGUUUCGCCUCAGCGUUAUCCUCAGCUGCUUUUAGUGAAACCCAUUGCACACGACCUGCUUAGCACCAAACAGCAGACAGACACAGUGACCAGAUAUUUUUCUCAGGAGAUGGUGGAGACCAAAACAGAGCGAAAAGGAGAGAGAAUAUUGGACUUCUAUUCAUCAGGUGGACACAAACACUAUUUUAAAUCAAUGUUGUUCUGUUGUUGAACUGUCUGCUAAUCUGUUAGCCACGUCGAUGUUAUGUUAAUACAGCUUUAAAAGAUGA